AUGGCUGGCGCGCCUGUUCCAGAGCCGUGGUGCUCUGCCGUGCCGGCGCCGCCGGAGGGGUUCGAGGCGAAGGGAAGGUCGGUAGGGUUCGAGGUCAACGCAGAAGGGACGUGCAUCGGCGGCUAUAUCGCAGGGGAGCCGCAGGCCGGGCCGGAGGGGAAGCCUACGGCAGCGGUCGUUUUGUUGCCGGACGUGUUUGGGUGGCGGGACCCGUGGGCGCGGCGGCUGGCGGACGACUUGGCGGCGCAGUACAGCUGCCUCGUCGCGGUGCCGGACGUGCAGCGCGGCAACGUGAUCGACGAGGUCGUCGCGGACGCCUUCCUGGCGCUGCACGCGUCUUUCCAGCAGUGGUGGGACAGCCACGAGCCGGAACGGGUCGUCCGGGACGCGCUCGGGGUCGCGCAGAACUUGCGCUGGGGAGGCGCGACGCGUGUGGCGGUCGUGGGGAUGGGCUGGUCGGGGGAGUACGCGGCGCUCGCCGCGGCAACGGUCGGCGCGGCGGGGGCGGAGCUGGUGGACGCGUUCUGCGCGGUGCUGCCCGAGCGGCUGCUCGCCGUGCCGGAGGGCGGUGCGGGGAAGGGGGCGCGGCGGCCGACGCUGAUCGUGGUGCGGGGAGAGGGCGGUGAGGGGGGGGUUGAGCGCGGAGGGGGGGAGUCGGCGCUGGCGUCGCACGGGGACGGGCGGCACGCGGCUUCGCGCGUGGUCGAAGCGCCCGCAGGGGUCGGGCGAGGCGCGUGGGCGCGGCGCGGAGAGAGCGCGGCCGCCCUGACGAAGAUCGUGGGGGACUUUUUGCGUCAGGCGGGGGUCCUCUGA